AGUAUAGGUCGAGGCGCGAAUCUGUUUAGCCGAAAUUUAAAAUAAACCUGAAGUGAAUCAUGAAGAUGUUUUUGGGAUCAGCUCUCCUUUUUAUAUUCUAUUCUGCAUAUAUUUCAUGCGAUUCCGAAUUAGAAAAUCUGAAACAGAGGGGGGAAUUGAGGAAAUCCUGUUCCAAAUUUGGUCAUGCGGUUCAACCACCGCGGAGAGUUAACACCACUGUCAGGAUUACCAAGUUGAGAGACUUGAUGAGGUCGGAAGUGAUUAUAGGGACACCUGCAAUUCAAGCUUUUUUAGUCACCUCUAGUGAUGAGCAUCAGAGUACAGAUGUAGACGACUACGAAAAGCGAAGGGAAUAUAUAUCAGGAUUUAGUGGAAGCUACGGUAACGCUAUCGUAACCUUGGAUAAAGCGGCCCUGUGGACGGAUGGUCGAUACCAUUUGCAAGCUGAUGAACAGAUAGACUGUAACUGGUUGCUCUUCAGAGAAGGGCACAGCAACAUUCCAACAAUGGCCCAGUGGUUGAAAAGCAAUUUGGCCAAAGGCGGUCGAAUCGGGCUCAAUCCAAAGUUAGUGUCGGAGCACAUGUGGAAGGAACUAACUUCGGAAUUGAAGGGCUCGCUCUUGACAUUAGUAGCCAUGAAUAUCAGCAUGGUGGAUAUAAUUUGGCCAACUGCUGAACGUGGAGUCAAGAGAAGCAAAGACGCAUUCGUUUUAGAAACUGAAUAUACAGGAAAAAAUUAUACGACGAAAAUAAAAGAAAUCAGAAGAGAGCUGGAGGAAAUUGGCGCCGAUGCAAUGGUGGUUACCUCACUAGAUGAAAUUGCUUGGUUAUUGAAUAUAAGGAGUCGAGAUGUUCCAAAUUCGCCUUUCUUAAGAAGCUACGUAAUUCUAGACACCCAGAAUGUAUUUUUGUAUGUGAAUUCGAGCCAACUUCAGAGCAAUCGAGUUCGAAAAAAACUGAAUUCUGACUCCAUUAUCCGCAUAAAUGAUUCAGUUGUACUGAGGAACUAUGAUGAUAUAUGGAGUGAUCUGAGAGUGAAGUCACAACUUUAUAAUACGAUUUUGGUACCAUCCCAUUGCGUUUAUAGUGAAGGAGCUAGUCAUGCUAUUUAUGAGCACAUUCUUCCAGAACGACAACUGCCACGACAAUCUCCGAUAAUAUACCUGAAAGCAAUCAAAAACGCCGUCGAAAUCAAAGUUAUGCAAGAUACAAAUAUUCGUGAUGCAGCAGCUGUUUGUGAUUGUUUUGCAUACAUAGAAGAAAGGAUGAAUGCUGGCGAUAAAUUUAUGGAAAUGGAUAUUGUGAACUUAUUGAACGAAUAUAGGUUUGAACAAAAUUUCAGUUUAGGAAACAGCUUCCGAACGAUAGCUGGAUUUGCAUCAAAUGCUGCCUUUCCAAAUUACGAGCCUACAUUGAACACUGAUGUUCAAAUUUUCAAAAACAGCACACUCGUUCUAGAUUCUGGUGGACAAUAUUUAGGUGGUACAACAGACGUAACUCGUACUCUACAUUAUGGCAAGCCAAGUGAGGAUAUGAAAGAUGCAUAUACUAGAGUUCUCAUUGGACUAAUUCGGUUAUCCACGCUGACAUUCCCUAGCAACAUGAAAAUGGCGGUAGCGGAUUCUAUGACGAGAGCUUCCCUUUGGGAGGUUGGCCUAGAUUAUUUACACGAAUCUGGCCAUGGAGUUGGCGCUUUUUUAGGAGUACACGAGUCUCCCAUCAAGAUUCAUUUUGACUCAGAAACCAGUUUUCAGCAAGUUUUUAAACCAGGAUAUUUCCUCUCAAAUGAACCUGGAUUCUACAGAGAAGGUGAAUUUGGUAUCCGACUAGAAAAUAUAAUGGAAGUUAUCGAGCAUCCAUGGUUAACAACCAGCGGUCAUAAGUUCCUUGGAUUCAAAACAAUAACAUUUGUUCCAUUUGAACCAAAGCUGAUGAAGCUGAGUUUACUGUCCAUCCACCAAAGAAGGUGGUUGAAUAGUUACAACGAACAAGUUCGACGACUGGUUGGUGCUGAAUUGAAAAGGCAGAAUAGGAUGAAUGGUUUCUACUGGAUGAUGGAGAAAACUAAACAGGUUCCAGAGCAUGGUCGUGGUAGCAUUCUUUUGUGUCAGCCCGUAUUAGUUGCUGUUAUUAAUAUACUGUUUAUUGUAAUCUUUGUGUAAAGGAUUUAUAUCUUGUCAAUCUUUUAUGAAACUGAUUAUUUUGAUUUGUAUAUUUUAUUUGUUAUUUGUAAUCGAUACAUCUGUUAUAAAUGUUUAUUUUUGAUAUUUUUAUUAUUAUUAUAAGCAUUUAAUAAUCUGUGGUAGUAAAAAAUUGUAUUUUAUUAUUCGAAAACAAUGUACCUAUGUAUAAUAUUUAUCUCGAUAAUUAUAAUAGUAGGUAAUAUAAAUAUAUCUCAAACAUCAACAAGCAAUAAAUAAAUAAAUGUCAGUCGAAAACCUAUACUUUUCGAAGAUCAAGAACUUCUAGGCCUGCAUUAUUUUCUAUCCUUACAUGAUCCGCC